AUGCCGCCAGGUGCGUUGACUAAUCAGGACGAUGCUCGUGAUCUGGCGCCCGCUCCGCUCUGCACAAUAAAGAUCAACAAGUUGAAAUCCUCUCCUGUCUACAAUUCCUUUCUCGACCUCUUGGAUAAUUACGAACACCGAGUCGGUUUUGCGGAAGUCGAAACGCCAAAGAAGAGAAGCGAAGCUAACCGGUUUCUGGAAGCAGUUUUGAGCACAGAGACAAUGAAGGGUUUCCACCGUUAUUUAGUUCAAAAGAAGCUUGUUAGUCCAGACAUUGCCGCUUUUAAAAUGGAAUUACACAACCUUUGGUUCCAACCUUACAAACAUCCUGAAUUCAAACGAGCUCUUCGUUUCUCGCUGUACAACUCCUUCAGGAAACCCUUCGGUACGAUUGUCUUUGAUUCGUCAAUAGAAUUUGAAAUCGGCCUCUACACGACAGCCUUCCUGCGGUCACGCAGCCUCUUCAAAGGUAGCACAUGUUGGCCAGCCACUUCCCUUAACUUGGGGCCCACGGAUAUCCUCAUCCAGUGCCACCCGCACCACGGCAACCACAUGGGAUCGUGCUACGUAAAAUGA